AUGCCCGACUGCGACUGUUCGCAGCAGGCGCUGCUGCAGCGCACGGCGCAGGCGGCCCGCGUGGGGUCUGCUGCAGUCCAGCCCGGCGAUAUUGUGCUGCUGGGCUCCGAUGGACUUUUCGACAACUUGUUUGACGACGAUCUUCUCGACACUUUCAACCAACUUUGCUGGAACAACGCCCCUCCCGGAAAGCCCCCCGCCUGCCACCCCGCCGUCCUCGUCGACGCGCUUCUCGAGAGGGCGGUGAAGGCGGGAGAGGCCCCGCCGGGGGUUUCUUGUCCAGUGGUCACUCCCUUUUCCAAAGCAGCUUUUGACGAAGUGGGCCGGAGACUUGUGGGGGGCAAACCUGAUGACAUUACAGCAGUUGUUGCUUACAUUGUCCCCACAGUUGAGGGCUCCACAGUAGACAGUGCUGCAGUGCUGGGCCGGGGCAGCAGCGCAGUUGCUGCUGUCUGCGGGGGGCCCCCCUCGGGGGCCCCCCAGGGGCCCCCGGGGUCGCCGGGGCCCUCGGGGCCCCCGGGGCCCCCGGGGUCGCCGGGGCCCCAGGGGCCCCCGGGGUCGCCGGGGCCCCAGGGGCCCCCGGAGGACCCGGGGCCCCCGGGGGCGCCGGGGGGGGCCCCCCAGAGGCAGGGGACCCUCAGCAGGGAGUGCAGCGGCUACGGGGCCCUGGACGAACAAACCCCCAGCCAGGGGCCCCGCCCAGGGGCCCCGCUGCAGCAGCAGACACAGACUGUGGGGAGGGGCCCCCCUGCAAUCAGCAGCAGAGCCAGCUUCCCCCCCAGGGCCCUCGGGGGCCCCUCUCCAGCCAUUCGGGCUGCUGUGCAUUCGCUGCCGCAGUCUCUUAAGCCUGGGGACUUCUCCGUUUUUGAACGUUUGCGAGAAAGGGCCCACCAGAGGCUGCAGCGAGCAGCAGCAGCAAGAGCAGCAGCAGCAAGAGCAGCGCAGCGCGAAAGAGAGGCCCCCGGACGCAGCUGGGGCUCUUGGCCUUCAGCGCUGGCCUCCGCCUUCCGGGGCCUCUUUGCUGCCAGGUGA